AAAUAAGAGAGUGUUUAUGAAAGGAAUUCCAGAAGAGAACUACUCCACUCAGAACUUGAUUAGAAAGAGAAGAAGGAAUGAAGAAGUUAAUAGGAAGAGAGAAGAAGGAAGAGUUAAGGAUGUCAUGAUGGCCCAGAGGAGGAAGAAGGGCCAAGCUGGGGCUGAAGAUAUUAAAGACCCUGAGUUUUUUGCAAAGAGGUACAGGAAACAGCAGAAGUCGUAUGUUAUUUAUAAGAGAAAGAAGAAUGCUGUGCUCAGACAUGAAGCUGUUAUUGAGAAGAAAGAAGGAGCAGCCAUUCUUGCUAUAAGAGUUAAGGAUGAUAAGCACAUUUCCAAGCAGGAGAUGGUGAUCUUGACUAAAUUUGGGCUCACUAAGAAGCACAACGCUGGAUUCAUUGAGAAUACCAUUGCUAACCUCAAGACCCUGAAGAAAGUUGAAAAUUACAUUGUAUAUGGUCAACCUUCUAAGACCCUUAUUGAAGAUCUCCUAAAGUACAGAGGAUAUGCUAAAGUUGAUGGAAAGAAGGUUCCUAUCAGUGACAACAACAUGAUUGAAGCUGCCCUCGGAGACAUAGAUAUUAUUUGUGUCGAGGACAUUGUGGAGAGCCUAUACAAGAAUGAAAAUAUUGCUAAAAUAAACGAGUUCAUGUUCAACUUCAUUAUGUCACACAAUAAGCAUAUGAAUUCAAAGUAUUCAAUGAGAGAAAAGACAAGGACUUUUAGUGGAAGACUUGGAAAAAGAAGUACCCCUCACCUUGAUCACAUAAUCAGGUCUUAUUUCUAAUUUAUUCAAUCCAUCUAUUGAA